ACAAUCAUAUUAUCAUAGUGUAGCAGUUUGGUGAGUGGAGACUGGACUGCUGGAGACGUUCAGAAACUCAUAGUUCAUAGUGUUCACGCAUGCUGCAUAGUACAUCCUAUAUUAUAUUGACUAAUUAGCAGUAAAAACGCAUUAAAUAUUGUUGAAUUGCUUCACGACGGUCGUGAAAUUAAUAAUUAUUGUUGUUUUAAAUUUAUAAACACCAUUGCGACACAAUUAUGGAUAGCGAUAUGGCGGUCCCUCAACUUGAUCAGUUCGUGCUGACCGUCAGAAACUUGGCAAACUCCGGUGAUAAUCGAGAACUUACUGAAUAUCUUUCCAAACAGUCAGAAACACUACAUAAAUAUGUUUCUAAUUUAGAUAGUGUUCUUGAGGCACUUGAUGUCCAUGAAAACUCAAUUACAGUACUUACUGUUUUGGGUGUUAAAGCUACUGCCCAAAAACCCCCUGACAUACCAGGGGUUCAAUACCAUACAGCUAUAGCAACACAAAUUAAUGACUUUGUUAUCACCAUCAGUGAAGAUGAACUCAGAGUCUUAGCUGAACCAUUGGCUAAUGUGAUGAAAUCUAUGUUGACUAACCUUGGUGAUAUGGAGAAACCUAUGUCUGCUAUUCCAAUAAUAAGACGUGCUAUAUGUAAAUUGCAAGAGAAACCAUAUCAAUUAACUCAACUUCAUUGUCUUUUAUGUCAAGCCUGUUUAAUGUCAAAUAAUCUUAAACCUGCCCUAAGUCUCCUGGAUCAGGAUAUUUAUGUAUUGGGGACUGAUGAACCUGGAGUGACAUUUGAUCCAAAAUUUUUUUUAAGUUACUACUAUUUGGGUGGUGUAAUCUACACUGCAAUGAAGAAUUAUUCAAGAGCAAUUACAUUCUUUGAAAUUGCUCUAACAACUUUACUUCCUUUGCUAUCUCAAGUCAUGGUUGAAUCGUAUAAGAAAUUUGUUUUGGUCUCAAUUAUACAUUUAGGAACUGUACCUACACUUCCAAAAUUAUCACCUGCCCUCAUUGAAAGAGUUCUCAAACCAGUAUGUCAAGCCUAUUUGGAUAUAAUACCAGCGUAUCAAAGUGGUGAUCCUGAAGAAUUACAAAGAACAAUCAGCAAAUAUCAUGAUGUUUAUAUAAGAGAUAAUAAUAAAGGAUUAGUAAAACAAGUCGUAAAAGCAUUGCACAGGAAGAAUAUACAUAAAUUGACAAACACUUUUUUGAAUAUGUCAAUUUCUGAUUUAGCACAAAGAAUCAAUCUUCCUAACAUAGUAGAAGCUGAAGAACAUUUAAUGUCUAUGAUUGAAUCUGGUGAAAUAUAUGGCAAGAUCAACCGUAAAGAAGGUACAAUUAUGUUUAAUGAUCCACCCAAAAAAUAUGAAGACCCUAGUGUUCUAAAGAAAAUUCUAGAUGAAGUAACUAAUAAGAUAUCAUUUAGCAGUACAGUACAAAUGAUGGAUGAAGCUAUACUAAUAAAUCCAGCAUUUGUUAAAAAAACUAGUAGUGAAGAUGAUGGAUUAUCUUUAGGCCAAAGUUCAUCCAAAAGUUAUCAAGCAUGAUCUAAGGCUCAACAAUGUAUUUAUACUGUAGAUUUAUUGAUUUGGACAUAGCUUGGAAUACUGAAAUUAUAAUAUUUCUAUUGUAAUUCAAAUAUCUAUCAAUCUAAUCAUGUUCUUUUACAAAUGUUACUAUAAUAACACAAAAAUCACAUCAAAAACAGUA